AUGGAAUCCCCGGCUACAAACCCAGAGAUGAUCCAUGUUGUCUGUAAGGCUGACAACCGCCAACACGCUGUGGUGGCACUUGCUUCGUCUCCGGGUCAAGAGCUCCCUUUCUCGUCGCUCCGUGCGCGACCAAUACUUCUAGGAUUGACUUCCAACAACCUCAGUUACGCCCGUGGAGGGGAUUUACUGCACUGGUGGAAAACGUAUCGGGUUCCACCCACCGCCCCGUCCCCAUACAACGAUCAGUCGUCCUGGGGCAUCGUUCCGGCAUGGGGAUAUGCCACCAUCACCGAGAGUAGUGUACCUGGAAUCACGCCAGGUUCCAUCCUCUGGGGAUACUGGCCAACCUCGACGACACCCACUCUCCUGCGCUUGGAACCCGGUGAUCUUCAGGGUCACUGGGUGGAGGUUAGCAGCCAUAGACAACAGCUGAUGCCCAUAUACAACCACUAUGAACAAGUACUCCCCGGAGAGGAAGAGGAGCUGGAUGAGAGGGGGUGGAGUACGCUCUUCCGAGGGGUCUGGGUAGCGGGAUACCUGCUGAGUGAGUACGUGUUUUCUCCUGACCCACGAGCACGAGAACCAGUCCACCCGCUUGGCGCGGCGAGCAAGCUUCGCUGGUCCGCGGAUGAUGCGGAUCUCUCAUCUGCCGUUGUAGUGGUUUUGGCUGCGUCAACCAAGGUUGCCCGCUCCUUUUCAUGUUGUCUCUUCGAUCGGCCCAGGUCAAGUGGAGCCCUGGGAUUGGUACAGGUUACUUCAUCACCCGGUGCUUUGCAGGGGGUAGCAGAAAAGAGAGGCUGGGGGGAUGUGUCCCGGGCAUUGGAAUAUACAGAAAUCCACCGAGCAACCGGGUGGAUUGAGGGUCUACAGCCAUCAAAGGUGGUGAUUAUAGAUUGCGGGGCACGGGACCAUGUCCUCAGUCAGAUAUGCCAGAACCUUCGAGAGUCGGCGCUCCGGUCAUGCAAAACUGUUAUUGUGCAGGUGGGCAGUCAACAGAAGGUGUAUACAACAGAGGAAGCCCAGGCAGCUCGUGCAGCUAUGCAAUCAUUGGGGAAAAUCCAGUACAACACCUCUGGCGUCCAAGACACAGUCAUCGACCGGGAGGGGGCUGCAACAUAUUUCGGAAAGGUCUCGCGCAGGUGGAAAGAAUGGUUAGCAGACCGUGUCUCCACCGUCCCAGACAUGCAUUUAGUCUGGGGACAGGGCAUCGCUGGAGAGAAUGGAAUCUACGGGGGAUGGGAACGACUUUCAAAUGGAGCAGUGCGCCCUAAAGAGGGACUGGUUUAUGUCCUGUAA